GUGAACCUCGAGUUCAGCACGUGAAUGCGACGCGUCGCGAGUCGCACACCCGGCGUGGACGCCACCGGCGCGACCACUGGCUGCUGGGGCGCGCACACCUCGCGCACUGAGCUUGCGUGGACGCUUCACUAUCAAGACACUGGCCUGUGCAUCGCUUGCCGGCACUGUUCGGUCCUGGGGAUACGCACGAAGUCUCAAUGGCGCCAUUUCUCGCACCGCAGACGGUUCUGAACGGAUUCAAAGAACGAGCAGAAGCAGUGACAAUCCAAGCGGGCGGCGCUGAGCCCAAGGCAGAGUUGGUGGAGACCAAGAAGGCUCUGAGCAGGAAAGCGAUUGAGCAAUUGUGCUAUGUGAAAGACGUGAAUUCCCUUGCGGUUCUAUCAGACUCUACCUCUCUCACAGCUACGUCCCUAGCGAAGAGUAAACAGGCGCUGUCUAUGGCAACAUACACAGGCGUGGUGCACAGUGUCCCGGAUAACAACCUAACACUCUCACCUGAAGAAUUUGGCAAAGGCAAAGAUGUACCCUCGGUCCUGACGCACCUCGCCAUUGGUUGCAAGAGAAAGAUUGUCAUCUAUUCAUGGAAGGACGGUGAACCGCAGGACCCACAAGAGACGACGCUCUCACAUUCUCCACGGACGAUGUCAUUCCUUGGCGAAAACAUGAUAUGCUUCGGCUAUGCACUCUCAGACUAUGCGCUCUACUACCUGAAGACUGCCACCAUGAUUGAGAUUGCUACUCCCAUACCCUCCGUGACGUCUGGCACUAGUAUCAGUAACAUGGGCAUGGGCGCCCUCACAAAUCUAGGUGGCUAUAUGGGUAUUGGUGCUAAGGCAAGGCCCUGGGUAGUCAGCAUACACGAAGGCGAGGCACUCAUCGCAAGAGACAACAACGGCCUCUUUGUUGGUCCGGACGGCAAAAUGACGAGAGACACCCACAUCGACUGGCCAGCACCGCCCGAGGAGCUAGCCUUUAUGAGACCGUAUGUAUUUGCUGUGAUGCCGUCGGGCACCGUGCCUUCCUCCCAGCUUGAUGGUGCCUCAAGUUUGGCAUCCACUUCUCAAGCCUCCACGAGCUUCACCCCCUCGCCCGUCGUAGAGAUUCGCUCCUCCAUCUCUAUGUCUCCCGUCCAAUGCCUACCUUUCCCGCCAGUACCCGCAGAUGACCAGCCCACAGCUACGCCGAUACAGCAUAGCGUCCGACUUUUGACUUCACUCCCCACGAAAUACUCUCUCUUCCUCGUCACGACACCCACAGACCGCGCUACCGCGAAUGCACAAGGAAGCUCGAUAUGGCAGUUCCGCAUGAAGUCAUGGAGCGAACAGCUCGACGAGCUUGCUGUGGCGGGAUCACAUGCGGACGCACUCGCACUUCUAGACCUCCUCGACGUCGCUUCGCUCCCAGACAAGGAGCAAAGACGGAAGGUUGUACGUGCAUUGAACGCAGUAGCAGAGUUCAAAGCUGAGCGCUUCGAUCGUGCCAUGGACACCUUCAUCGAGCUCGACAUCAAUCCCGCCAAGGUUGUCGCUCUCUAUCCUCCAAGCAUCGCCGGACGGCUGUCCGUCCCUCAAGAAGAGUGGAUCCCACUGUUUGGUGGACCCGUGCCUCCAAAGCCGGAAAGCAAGACACCAUCCAUAGAACAGAAUCAAGACGGCGUCGAAGGGCAGGAGCAACAGCGGCCGCCGUCACCGAAGGGAUCCAUACGUGCGUCUAUAUCCGGCUUCCGAACAGGGCUGGAGAACAUUGUUUCGCCGACGAGAUCGAGGGAUGAUGACACGGUUUCAGUCAUUGGCAGACCGAAGGGCCCGCCAAAGGAUGCAUUCCACCGGUCAGUCGAGACUCUGAUGCGCUACCUCUCCGACCGCCGCCCGAAGGUCGACGGCGCGCUCAAGGCCCUCAAUAUCACCUCUGCCGAAGCACAUCGCUGGCCAAACUUGUCCGCCGCGUCGCCUGACGAGCUAUAUGCGUUACCAAACGUCCCUUUGUCGGCUUUGACACCAGAGGAGCUCGUACGUUUUGCGCAGAUAGUGGACACAGCACUGUUCAAAUGUUAUCUCCUCGUGCGCCCUGGCCUCCUCGGGCCUCUGUGUAGGGUAAGCAACUGGUGCGAAGUCAGCGAGGUUGAGGAAACCUUGCGGGCCAGGGAGAAACACUCGGAACUCAUCUACCUGUACAAUGGGAAGAAGAUGCACGAGAAAGCGCUCGGUCUCUUGCGAGACCUCAGUGAGAAAGAGGCAGACCCGCGGGACAAGCUGAUGCCCUCCGUCACCUACCUCCAACGCCUAGGCCCAGAAUACCUCGAGCAGAUUUUCGGUGCAGCCAGAUGGGUGUUCGAAGAAAACGCUGACAUCGCAUUUGAGAUCUUUACCUCAGAGGAAGUGGAACUUCCACGCGAACCAGUCGUUGACUUCGUCGAAGGCGUUAAUCUGAGCAUCGCCGCUCGGUAUCUGGUGUACUUGAUUGAAGAGCGAAAUGAAGAAAGUACAGGCUUCCAUGAACGGUUGGCGGAGACCUAUCUACGGAUGGUCUCGGAUGCGAGGCGGAGAGGGGACGAAGAGGCGAACAAAAACGCGUAUGACAAACUCCUGGAGUUCAUUGACACGACAGACCGAUACAGCGCAGAUCGACUAUAUGCGCUCUUGCCAUCGGAUGGUUUCUUUGAGGCGAAGGCCAUUCUCUUGGGAAGACUGGGACGACAUGAUAGUGCGCUCGAAACCUACAUCUAUCGCCUACGAGACUAUCACGGUGCAGAAGAAUACUGCAAGCGCGUUUACAAGCCUCACACCGACACCUCGAACAUCUUUCUCACCCUCCUCCGGACCUACCUCAGACCCUCGCCCUCUUCUGCGUCUUCUGCGUCUGACCUCUUGGCACCCGCACUAGAUCUGAUCAGUAGGCACAGUCCCCGUCUGGACGUGGCAGAGACCUUGGACUUGCUACCUCCGCUCGUGGCGGCGCGCGACGUACAGGCCUUCCUGAAGGAAGCCCUCAGAGCGCCGAUAUUUGAUACGCACGUCGUGAGGGAGGUGACGAAGGCACGGAAGGACGAGGUCAACAGGAGGCUCACGGGCUUGCAGAUGAGGCGAGUGAAGGUAACAGACAGUCGAAUGUAAGGGUGAAGUCACGCACUAUCAAUGUCGAGAAGCGUUCUCGCGCAAGCUAAAGGAAACUCGACAGUGAUGACAAUCAUCUUGUGGGUUAUAUCGUGUCUAGGGUGACUUCAGAUCUGUGUUUACUAGAUAGUUCGUGCUCUCCGUCCGCUAUUGCACCAUACGGUCCAUGCUGUGUUCGAUAACGAAGUCUUAAGCGUCGUCCAAGGACGCUGCACCGCAGUGCACUCUCUCGCAGUUACAGCUAGAGGCGCAAGGAUACCGUAUGCGUUGAAUUCAAAGCAACAAAUUACGCGUGCCGGAAGCAUGCAU